AUGUCGACCGCUACAACCGUCGCCAAGACCAACAUUGGUGUCUACACCAAUCCGCAGCAUGACCUGUGGAUCGCCGAGGCCGAGCCCAAGACGGAAGAUGUUCAGAGCGGCAAGACUCUCAAGCCUGGUGAGGUGACGAUCGAGGUGCGGAGCACUGGUAUCUGCGGAUCCGAUGUUCAUUUUUGGCACGCCGGUUGCAUCGGUCCUAUGAUUGUGACUGGCGAUCACAUCCUCGGCCACGAGUCUGCGGGUCAGAUCGUCGCGGUCGCCCCCGAUGUCAAGUCCUUGAAGCCUGGCGACCGUGUCGCCAUUGAGCCCAAUGUCAUUUGCAACGAAUGUGAGCCUUGCUUGACAGGUCGAUACAACGGUUGCGAGAGAGUUGCCUUCCUGUCCACCUCCCCCGUGGACGGUCUGCUGCGCCGUUACGUCAACCAUCCCGCCAUCUGGUGCCACAAGAUUGGGGACAUGAGCUACGAGGAUGGUGCUCUUUUGGAGCCUCUCAGUGUGGCGCUGGCCGCCGUCGAGCGCAGCGGGCUGCGUCUCGGUGAUGCCACUCUGAUCACUGGCGCCGGCCCUAUCGGUCUGAUCUCUUUGCUUAGUGCCCGUGCUGCCGGUGCCUGCCCCAUCGUGAUCACCGACAUUGACGAGGGGCGUCUGGCCUUUGCCAAGUCUUUGGUUCCUGAGGUGCGCACCUACAAGGUUCAGAUCGGUCUCUCGGCCGAGGAGUCUGCGGCGGGAAUCAUCAAUGCGCUCAACGACGGCCAGGGCUCUGGCCCAGAUGCGCUGCGGCCGCGUCUCUGCCUGGAGUGCACUGGCGUCGAGAGCAGUGUCAACUCCGCCAUCUGGAGCAUGAAGUUUGGAGGCAAGGUGUUCGUGAUCGGUGUGGGCAAGAACGAGAUGACCAUCCCCUUCAUGCGUCUGAGCACUCAGGAGAUUGACUUGCAGUACCAGUACCGUUACUGCAACACUUGGCCUCGCGCCAUCCGUCUGGUGCAGAACGGAGUAAUCGAUCUGCACAAGUUGGUCACGCACCGCUUUGCCCUGGAGGAUGCGCUGAAGGCCUUUGAGACCGCGGCCAACCCCAAGACUGGCGCGAUCAAGGUCCAGAUCAUGAGCUCCGAGGAGGACGUCAAGGCGGCGUCAGCCGGCCAAAAGGUCUGA